GUAGUGCUACUGUAGCUUUAUUCUAGAUUUUGAUUAAGUGUGUGUAUUCGAGAAGAUUCGCGAGCAGCAUUUGUUUUAUGUAGAGUUUCUUCGUGGUUUUAGCCUGGAAUUAUUCUGAUUGUGUGACAUUAUCGCAGUCAUGGUUGAUUACAGCAAGUGGAAAGCUAUUGAGGUAUCAGAUGAUGAAGAUGAAACUCAUCCUAAUAUUGAUACAGCGAGCUUGUUUAGAUGGCGUCAUCAAGCAAGAAUGGAACGUAUGGCUGAACUCGAGAAAGAAAAAGCUGCUUAUGAAGCAAAGAAACAAGAAAGUCAAAGAAAACUUUCUGAAGCUAAGAAAAAACUGUUGGAAAGCCAAAAAGAGGAUGCAAUGAAUCUAGAAGAACUGAAAAAAGUGGUAUCUGAUCUUGAAGAAAUGGACAAAAAAAUUAAAAAGGAAGGAGAAGAACUUUCCAAAAAAGAGAGGCUCAUGCCUUGGAAUGUUGAUACCAUUAGCAAGGAUGGGUUUACUAAAACUAAAAGAUAUGUAAAGGAGAAUGAAUCACUACUGAAGAAAUAUGGAAUGCUUCAGAAAUAUGAUGACAGUAAGCGUUUUCUCCAAGAACAUCCACAUCUGGCAUGUGAAGAUACUGCUAAUUAUCUUGUCAUUUGGUGUAUUAAUCUAGAAGUUGAAGAGAAACAUCAGUUAAUGGAACAUGUGGCUCAUCAGUGCAUCUGUAUGCAAUACUUGCUGGAGUUAGCCAAGCAAUUGGAUGUGGACCCACGAGCCUGCAUCUCCUCUUUCUUUUCCAGAAUCCAGAUGGCUGACAGAGAGUAUAAAGAUAGUUUUGAUGAUGAAUUAAGGGCUUUUAAAGAACGUAUCAAGAAACGUGCCCAAAAACAGAUUGAAGAUGCAGUGAAAGAAGUGGAAGAGGAAGAGAGACAAAAAAGAUUAGGACCUGGAGGUCUUGACCCAGUUGAGGUACUUGAGUCUUUGCCAGAGUCUUUAAGGAAGUGCUUUGAAACCCAGGAUAUUCCAAUGCUUCAGCAGGUAAUUACUCAGAUACCUGAAGAAGAGGCACGAUAUCACAUGAAGCGUUGUAUUGACUCGGGACUGUGGAUUCCUGAUGCUAAAGCUGCUGAAGAAAGUAAAGAUGCCUCUGAUGUAAAGCCAAGUUAAUAAAACCCAACAGCCUUUGAUACAUAAACAGUAGUAUGUCUGUUUACCUAAGAAAUAGUGGUAAUAAUCUCUCAAGAUCUGUGAAUUCUUGGUUUUAGAGAAUAUUUUUGUCUGCUUAAUAAAAGCACUGUUUGCUGUAUGUAUCCAAAUCUUGAUUGAAAAAUGGUUUGAAGUUAACUGCCUGCUUUUACAGAAACUAAUGUGAUAUUUUCCAGAAAAUUAAUGCUGUAAUAACACAACCUUCUGUUGAAAAAGUUUUUUCAUACCAGUAUCAUUUAAAAAUAGUUGUCUUGUGCUUUUUAUUUCUAAUUAUUCUUACCCUACAAAUAUUUUGUAUAAUAAAAAUUCAAGUUCUAGUAACCUUUAAACAAUAUAAAUGGUACUAUUGCAAGAAUUGUGAAGUUUUCUGAUAGGAAGUGUUUAAAAUAGUUGUCUGGAUAUUAAAUAAAUUCUGUAUCAUUUCA